UCCAGGUGAGGAGGCCAAGUGCGCUCACCGAUACGUGUCGGCCUACUGCGCACUAGCCGGGCCCUCCACCACGCACCGGGCGGCCGCUUGGCUCCUCUCCAGCUGCAAACCUCGCUUCUCUUCAGAAGCCUGAUGAAGUUGGUGGCCCUGCCCACGCCUCAGCCGCUCUCCUAAACUUCCCUGCUCGGCUUUUACAACGGCGGCAGCGGAGAGCCUGGGAGGGGACUUCCUCCUAUAGUGCUAGCUAGAAAAGGCCAUUGUGCAUUAGUAUUACUUUAAAUAGGGGAACCUACCGAGCGGUUCUAUUUUGGUGCGGGCGGCUGCUGUCAGUGCGCGUCAAAGCUGCCUUUUCCUGCGGCCGGCCGGGGACUUCGGAGCACGCAGGCGGGCAGGGCGCUGUGCCCGGGGGUGGGCAGCCUUCCCAAAUGGAUCAGCUUGCUGGUUUUGCCAUCGUGCCCGCCGAUGCAAGCGCGUCCGAAUAUUCCCGGCCCCGGCAAUGAACGGGCACACGGUCCUCCCUCCAGGCGACCCCGCACACCCCGGUGGCUGGAAUGAGUUCUGCGAGCAGCAUGCCAUCACCACCGCCAAAGAGCUGGCGCAGAAGUACCUCCUCUUUGUCAGCGAGCACCCCCAGCGUGAAGUCCUGGCGGUGGAGAACUUCUCCCUCCAGUUUGCAGACCUCUUCCAGCAGCACUUCCGCAGCGAGGUGAAGGAUACCUUUGCCAUGAGCCCGUUCCGCGUUCUGCCCUUCAGCAGGGUGCGAGACUACCGGGAGACGGGCCGGAAGCAUGUCGAGGGCUCCCCGGGGACGGUUGGGACCAAGGCCGACGUGGAAUUGGCCGGCCCGGUCGACAGAGGGCCCGAGGCCUGCCCCAGGAUCCUGGCCAAGUCAUGGAGCUCCGAGGAACUUGUAGGGACGGCUUCCUCCUUGGCCGGUCCGGGGAGGCGCUUCUCCCUGGACCGGCUGAGGCGGAGUUGGCGUAGCUUUUUCCGCCGGAGGUCCUCAGAGCCCGCGCUGGGCGACGGGGAGGCCUCCGACUCCGUCUUGGCGUCCGGCCUGGCCCGAAAGAUCUUCCCUUGGGCCCUCUCGCGGGAUCCGUCGUGUCCGGUCCGGAAAGAGGGCAGUCUCAGAUACUGGAUGGUGACGGAGGCGGCUGUGGACAGCGGGACGCUUUGGCAAAGGUGCCGGCUAGUGUUACAGAAGGCCGAGGCUUCGGACAACAGGGAAUAUCUCCUGGCGCUGUUCGACCCCCCCAAGAGCUCGCGGCCCAAGCUGAAAAUCACCUGCUCGGCAGUGCAAGAAAUCCGACGCUGCACUUGCCUGGAGAUGCCGGACAACCUGGACACCUUCGUGCUCAAGGUGAAUACCUCCACGGACCUUAUAUUUGAGGCUGGAGAUGAGCAGCAACUGAACUCCUGGAUGUCUGAAAUUCAAGCAUGCCUCCUUCGAAGGUCGGACGGAGCCAACGUGGAGCUGGCCUCGGACUCUCACUCGGAGGUCGUGACUGCGAGCCCCACGAACAGCAGCACGGACUCCCUGAGCCAAGGCGCCAUCCAGCCAUCCAGCCUCCCGGAUCAGCCCUGCCAGAAGACGGAUCACUACCUGUCAUCCUUCCCUUGGUACCACGGCCCCAUUUCUCGAGUCAAAGCCGCCCAGCUGGUCCAGCUCCAGGGCCUUGAUGGACACGGGGUUUUCCUCAUCCGACAGAGCGAAACCCGUCGAGGAGAAUACGUUCUCACUUUCAACUUCCAAGGGAGAGCAAAGCAUCUGCGGCUCUCGCUGACGGAGCGGGGCCACUGCCGUGUCCAGCACCUGCACUUCACCUCCAUCUUGGACAUGCUGCACCAUUUCCAACGUUGCCCCAUCCCCCUGGAGUGUGGCACGGCCUGCAAUGUCCAACUCUCCAGCUACGUGGUGGUUGCCCCACAUACGCAAGCAGGCUCCUGCAGCGGCACCGCCCCCCUCCCGCCCUCCAUCCACCGCUGCCACCCUGCGUCCAGCCACAUCCAGCUGAGCCCGUCCGGCUGCCCCCGGAUCCACCUGCCUGACCGCCUUCGUCGCAACUCCUCCGGGGAGCCGAUCUUCUACCGGGUGCCCCCUCCGGAAGAGCUGGCCCGAGGCCUCUGGCACAGCAGCACCCUGGGCACGCCACCCACGAGCCCUGCCAGCCGCCAGUGGGACAAUGAUUAUGAGCUGGACUCGCAAGGAAGGGGUCACCUGCGGGCGGUUAACAACCAGUACACCUCCCUCUGACGCAGCGGGACGGGGCCACCGCCUGCUUUUGCACGAGACUCUUCGCAAGAAGCCACAGCGGACGUGCGUUCCUCUUGGCUGGGUUUGGUUUGUAAGAUAGGCUGAUAGCUCACUCCACUAUGGGUGGGGCCCUUGGAUUAGGCCUGUUGAAGGGCCUGUUAAAUUUUCCCACUCAGAACAUUAUUCUUUCUUAUCGGUUUUGCACAUGGCUCUUCCUUUGCUUUUAGGUUCCUAGUUUUGUUACUGGUACAUAGGAUAUUUUGGGUAAUAGUUGGCUAAUUUUGAUCUCUCUCUGUCUGUCUCUCUCUAAUCCAAUUCCUCCUUUUUGAAGAUUAGGGAAAAUGGGUGGGGAACAAGGAAAGAGAACAGGUCAGACUAGUCUGCAUUACUGACAAGGACUGACGUGCUCUCCCUGCCCUGGUCCCCAAGCCUUUCCAUCGCCUGGCUCCCGUACAAUCACUGAAAUUAAGGCCCACUGAUAGAGCUACUUUCUUAGUCUCUCGAGGGAUUAGAGUAGGUCUAAGUGUUAUUAAGUUCCUAUCAUGGAGGACAUGUGAACAGAACACUGCUGUUGUUGAAAAGGCACACAACAGAAGCAACAAUGACAAAAGGCCUUCAACGCCCAAAUUACCUAAAGCAGCUGAACACGAAACAGCUUCUCUGCUGGCAGGCAACAACUAAUCUCAGAUCUCUCAACUCUCAGAAAGGCAUUUCUUCUCCUUGAUUGUACGCAAGGAUGCAGCUCCACUACGAAGCAAGGAAAUGUAACUGUCACCGCUUCCCAGCAAGGGGCACAAGAGUUCCCGUUCCAUGAGUCUGUGGAAAGGGAUCUUUCUUCUGGAACUCGGGAAACCUUACGCCGGGUGAGGCGAUUUGCCCAUCUAGCUCAGCCUUUCCCAGCCUGGUGACCUCCAGAUACGUUCGACAGCCAUGCCCUCGUCCGUCACUGGCCAGUCUGGCUGAGCAGUGGUCCCUAACCAACCUAGCUCAGGUGUUCUCCCUAAACUAGGACCCCCCCAGUUCCUGGAAAGGAAGUGUCGCCAUUAAUCAUUUCCUACUUCUAGUGAAAAGCGUGGAUGUUUCAAUCCAUAAACUGCACCUGUGCCUUAGGUUAGAUAUGGGAAGAGGGAGCCACUUUCUGAAGCGAAGCAAAUGGCUUCUGUUUUAAGCUAGUAGAGUAGUUUUUCCAAGCCAAAGCAACUACAAGUAACUUUAAAAAAGCCGAAACUACAGCACGAUGGCACCUGUGACAUUAUUGUACCCUACUCUUGAGGAAGCAACUGAACAUGUCACUUCUCCAGAAAUAGGUUUAAAAUUGCAGUUUUUAAUCGCUCAGGACAACAACUUUUUUUAUCCAUGACUUCACUCUAAAGGGCAGUGCAGAAACUGCUGGAGACGGCAGCAGCCUCUGACUUCCUGGGCCAAUCACACAUUUGUCAAGGAACACCUUGCGUGAGAACCUUCCUCCCCGCCUCAGAGUCUUUCUCAAAACACCCAAACCACUAAGGUGCCUUUAUUUUCUAGCAGAAAGCUGAAACCCGGUCUGUGUUUGCAUCGGAAUACAACCCACUAAACUGGUGCCUUCUAGAUGUGUUGGAACUACAAGUCCCAGAAGGCCAAGGGAUCCUGGUAGUUGUCCUCUAGCACAACUGGAAGGCACCAGAGGUUGGGGCAGGCUGCAUUAAACACUGAGGCUUAGGGCGGAGUAAAAGGGCAGAGGAGCGGGACCAGUUCUCCAACUUUCAGGGCUGGCAGCUGACUGCGCUGCGUCUGAGUCAGGGCAAAGGUUUUGCCCCAAAGGCAAGUAAGCCGGGCUCGUGAGCACGAGUUGCAAGUUCUGAUUUCCCAGCUUCAAAAGUAGAGGCCCAGUUUUCUACCAUACAGAACUCAGGGCUCACGCCAUGCGUACACAGUUCAACAACAAGAUCCUUUGUUAAAUGUAGCUCCGUUCCUCCAGAGUCCUCCUGGUUGCACGGCGAGGUUCUCAAUGAGCAAAAACACCCUGCUAGCAAGGGACAUACAAAGUGUUCUCAUUCCAAAAAUAAACACCUCCUAUCUCCUUUCAGUUUAGGCACGCUUGCGCCCACGUGGGACUCUGACUAGGAAGUAAUUUGAGACACUGCCCCCCCCCCGCCUCUUAAGUGGAAGGCAGGUGAGAAGGCGCAGGGGGGCGGUCUUGUGGCCUUUUCUUAAACGUUUUACCGGAAUAACAACAGGCGAAAUAACGAGGUAUUCUGAUUUAGUCAAGCCUAUAAAGGCAGAGAACCUUCCACAGAAUGAAUACAAAGCAUGUUGAGAAGCCAAAUGGGGAUUUCAUUGGGGAACGCCCUUCAGCGUCAGCUACAGGAACAGCAAGUGAAGGAUCAGGAAACACGCGGCCGUUCCCUUUCCUGCAAAGGACAUGCUUGAUGGCCUAAAAGUGAUCGGUGCACCUAGCCCGGUUUUGACCACUUUGCCUCUCCAAGGAAAAGGGGGUUACCCUGAACCUCUCCCUCCUUUCCCCUCAACUAGCAGCCCUGGCCAGGCUCUUAAAGCCUUUUCACCUUGGAACCUAAGUCUCCCUUCCCCAGUCCAAGCGGGUCCAGCAGUGCAUGGAAUCUCCGUCUUGCUCAAAACAGCCACCCAUUUCUGAUCUGUUUCCAGCCCAAUUCCUUUGCAAACGCCAGCCAAUCUCCUGGAAUUUAUUCCUAUUAAAUCCCACUGCAGCUGCCCUUUAAGCUCUUGCAAGAAUGAGAAUGGGCUGGAGGGUAACUUUUAUUAACAUUGGUAGCCAGUCUGCAGCCAGAACGGGGUUUCAUUUCCACUCUCUAGUCCACAAACACGAGAGUUGGGGGAAAGUUUGGUCAGAGCUUAGCUUUAAGAAAAAAAAGAGGGAGCCCUACCUUCGCUAUUUCUGUUCUCUGUCACAUGGCGGCACAUCCCCUGGCGAUUUCAAGCAAGGAAAGAGAAAGCCAAGAUUUGUGAAAGGGGGUAAACGGUGGGAGACUAUUGUCAUUGCUGUGGGUAGACAAAGCCUAACCAUUAUUCGUUCUGCCAAAGCUGGUAAUUUAAUUGGGCGGGGGGGGGGCAGAAAUAAGUUGUGUAUCAAAUAACAAACAACAUGGGCCGUGGUAAGCCGCCUACGACCAAAGUAAUCAGUCAAUGCCCACAAACCCUCUUUAAAGCAUUUCAAAUUGUUACUCAAAAGAUGGCUGUGUGUUCAAAGACACUAGAGUGGUUUUUUGAAAAUGUUUUUGCUCCAUUUUCUGCUUGUAGUUGUUCAUACAAGGCACCCUUGAGCCGUAGAUUUACAUGUGGGAUGAGGUGUGGGCACGGCACGGCACAGCCCGGGUCACCAGGCAGCCUGGGGUGGCGCUCCGGAGCCCUACGUCAACCCAGACCUGCUGCAUCUUUUCCUUCAAGAAGGACCAGCAGCGUGAGGAACCGCUCUCCUCUUAAUCCAGGGACAGGAGGAAGUUGAAGGGGAAAGAGGGAAGCCACGAGCCUCUCAGGGUUGCAGUCUCUGCACCAAAGAGAGGGACUUGACCCGAGGCUUUUGCAAGGAGUGCCUGCCUGGCGCCGUACAGGGGCUGGCGAUGGGCUCCCCUGGCCUCUCCCCUGGCCCAGCUCCCACAGGACGCAUAGAUGCUGCUCGGUGUAUUGUGCCACAAUCGUUUUCGCCAAGCAGUGGUUCAAAAUGGAACUCUGACCCGCCAGGGCUGCUUCAUGCAAGUCCGGUGGAACAGGGGAAGUGUGAACUCGCUCCCAGAGGAAGCUCCAGGAAUUAGGAAGCCGCUACCUCACAACUUGGCCUGUGACGUGCACCUGGAGCACUGCAUGAACAGCCCUGGGGCUGAGGUCAUCGGGCCGACGGGUUCAGCGAAACCGUGAAGUUCUUCUAAGGAACAAAACCUAGCUUUUCCUACCUCGGCUACCUAAGCACCCCAAACAGCGACAUACCACCUCUAAGGAGACUAAAAUCAGGGAGCCCCCCUGUCUGGGUUGACACUGCUCAUCAGUCACUCCCCCCUCCCCUUAUUCAGUGCCUUUCUGUCCCCAAAAAUUAUCUUUUCAUUUCUCCUGAUAAACCAGAAUGAGUAGCAGGUCUCCAGGAUAGCAAAACUUUGGACACAAAGCCCUGCUUUCUAAACUCACGUAACCUGGGAUGUGUGCGCGCGUGUGUGGCAGGGAGGGUUUUCAGAGGCAAGGGAAACGUGCUCAGGGACACGCUACAAAUACAUUCUGAAGGCGAAGCCCCCCUGCAUUGAAAAGGUCGGGGCUCAACGUAGCGCUGGCGUGUCAGACCCCCACCCCCACCCGUGGGAAUUCAACAAGCCGUUUAAAAUUGAGGUUACCUGCGCCUGGCUGCCAUGUCACAGGUUUGCACCAGUGUCUUCCUUCCCCAUGUUCCAGACCAGAGGAGAUAGACGAUGACGACGUGGCCAAGCCCAGAGCUGAUCACCACCUACACCCUGGACAGACACACUGAAGUUGUCACCGGUACCUAGCGGGUGGCAAGAGGCCUCCCCGACGGCAGCCUGCACCCUUCUUAAUCUAGCAGACGGGCCUCUGGAGGCAGCAGCACACGAACGGGGUCCCACGGCUUGGCGACUUUUUUACGGAAACAAAACAAAUAGGACUUUAAAGAAGAAAACUCUGUGUUCUUUUUUUUUUUAAGCCCUCUCCCCAUUUUCCCUCUCUUGUAUAGUAGAAUUUUUCUAUAUAUAUAUAUAUAUUUUCUGUAUGUACUGUACAUGUAACUUAUUCUUGAAUACUGCUAAAAUAUACAUACAGAUCUGCUCCUGCAGUAAAAUAAAACUGUUUUAAGAGA